AUGGGUGUUUGUAGUUUCCACAUCCGUACACCGGAUUUUCGGAGCUUCGUCUUUUUUCGUCGUCUUGGUUUCCCAUUCUCCCGUUCGGAAAGCACGCUAGCGACGCGGAGUACGGUUCUCUCCUCUGGAAAAAUCUGUAAGCGAUAUAUUGAUAAAACGCAUCUUGAUAAGGUUUUGGAUGGAUACUUGGAAAGGGGAUUAGAUAGAUCAGAAGACACGCACGUAUCUGUCAAAGUUAGUCCCAUUAAAAGGAUGGUCACUGUUAUUUCCAAGAAGAGAAAGCUAGUCGCUGACGGUGUUUUCUACGCCGAAUUGAAUGAGUUCUUCACCAGAGAGUUGGCUGAGGAAGGUUACUCUGGUGUUGAGGUUAGAGUUACUCCAACCACUACUGAAGUCAUCAUUAGAGCAACCAGAACUCAAGAUGUUUUGGGUGAAAACGGUAGAAGAAUCAACGAAUUGACUUUGUUGGUUCAGAAGAGAUUCAAGUACCAACCAGGUACUAUUGUGUUGUUUGCCGAGAGAGUUCAAGAGCGUGGUUUGUCCGCUGUUGCUCAAGCCGAGUCCUUGAAAUUCAAGUUGUUGAACGGUUUGGCCAUCAGAAGAGCUGCUUACGGUGUUGUCAGAUACGUUAUGGAAUCUGGUGCCAAGGGUUGUGAGGUUGUUAUUUCCGGUAAGUUGAGAGCUGCAAGAGCCAAGUCUAUGAAGUUUUCUGAUGGUUUCUUGAUCCACUCUGGUCAGCCAGUAAACGACUUCAUUGACACUGCUACCAGACACGUUUUAUUGAGACAAGGUGUUUUGGGUAUUAAGGUCAAGAUCAUGAAGGACCCAUCUAAGGCUAGAACUGGUCCAACCGCCUUACCAGAUGCUGUCGAGAUUAUUGAGCCAAAGGAUGAAGAUGUCGUUAAGGAGCCAUCUGUCAAGGAUUACAGACCAAAGAAAGACCUGCAGGUUUCUUCCAUUCCUGAGGAGGUUUCUGAGGCUGCUUAA